GUGCCAUUUCUGGUAUUUGCUGCGCAUCUGUACAGAUUCAGUUCGGUGGGUGGAGACCUGACUUUGGCGGCGGGGGAGGUGGCACGCGCCCUCUUUGACAGCAUUCCGAUGGGUCAACUGUCGACCGAUUUGCGAUUCAAGGUGUGCACCUUAUCUUCCAAGAUUAUCGUGUCCCCUCCGGUCAUCAGUGGGAAUGACUUUUUUGUGGUGAAUCGCCACUUGGUUACUUCGGUCGUCAGCGCCAUUGCGACGCUGCUCGUGGUACUUGUGCAAUUCAGGGAAUCGGAUAGCACAAGAGUGUUCUCUCCAACAAGGAAUUCUUCAGGACAUGGAUAACUUAAAAAUGAAUCAUGGCACUUAUUUCUGUAUACCUAGAAUAGAUCCCUUUGUUAUUUUGUGUUGGUUAGGUUUUACCUAAAAAACAACACAUGGAAAUCCCAAGUCCAACAAAGGUACUUGGUUUCUGAUCCUUAAAAUACACGAUUCUACUCCUUUCUUAAAGGGUGGAAUCUCAUCUCAUCUCCCCAGAAUUCCUGUUGGAUGACGAAAGUUCAUUGUACUCUACUUGCCUCACCUCACCUCAUUCCUUAGAAAACCCUUUAUUAUUAUCCCUUUACCCGUUAGUAAAGGUUUAUUUCAGCCCUUAACACCAUUUCUUUAGCCCCUUAUACACCUUCAUGCUUACUCCUUCCUCAAUAAAUUCCUAUAACAUCAUUACCAGUUACACAGUACUGAAUAUGAAGGGACGAGGAACCCUUUAACUGUUAGAAGGACAAUUCGACCUUGAAUUAUGUAUAAGACAACUUUCCAACUUUAUGAUGAAAUAAAUACAAAAACAUUCCAUCCCCCUCCGAUUUCUGUUACUUUUUCCCGUUACAUAUUGCUUUGCUAAGAAGACGAUUAUUCCAGUGUAGCCUCAAUCCAGUUCAAGGCAAGGUUAAGGGCAGCAGACGACUUGAUCUUAUUAACUUACUAACCUCGAAUUUCACUGGAUUUUGCAUUUUGCUUGCAUAAUAAAAUCAUCAUAAUGAGACCCUGCGUUUUCAUACUUCUCGUGGCUCUGUCCACAUUAUCAUCAGUUUCAGCCACGGUCUUGGAAAAGAUUUUUACUCAUAAUCGUGGCCAAGAUGUUCAAGAGGUCAAAAAAAGUGGACGAUUUGACGAAACUGAUGAAUUUGAAUACAUCAAACGAGCAAUUGAAGAAUUCAAGGAAAACAUUCCGAAAUAUACUGGAUUCUAUUUUCUUGAUUUGCUUUUCGAUCUAUUUUUCAGAGUGGUGAAGAACGCUUGCAUCUUUUUUCUCGGAAUUGUGACACCAGUCGAUCCUCCACUCGCUCUGCCGGUAUCAGCGUCCCUGACAUUUGAUGGGUCCUCCUCCCCCUCAGCAAACAAUUUUGGAGUGGUUGAUAAUGCCGUGUAAUUUUGGUCAAGAUUGGCAAAAAUUCAUUUCAUUUUAGUUGAUUGGAUUGAGCAUUUUAUUUUUGACGAGGUUUAGUAAUGACAAACAACCCGGUUUUUUUUGUGCUGAUCAGUUUGACUGAUUGAAUUGAUAGGCAUUUGAGCACUAUAAUAUUAUUGUACUUUUGAAAUAUGUAUUAA